AUGUCGACUGGUAGGGUUAAUCACUUUGCAUCAGAAUUAGUUUACCAUGGGACUCAGGGUCCGUUUGUGAUGUCAUUGCUUUUGACUUGUACAAUGACUGCUGAGAUGGGAGCUGUUUACAUUAGGCUCUUACUCAAACUAUUCCUACUGGAAUCCAAAGGUAUUCUCUCUACCAUAAGUCAUUUAGUUGGAACAAGGAUGCUUAUCUCUAAUGCGAAUAGAUUCAGCCUCCCUUCUCUCAAAAGGGUGUUGAGUCUUGAAGGAAGCUUUAGGCAUGACUGCAUUGGAAAAGCGGGAACUCUCAGUAAAGAAUUGAAGAUUGAAGUAAAGAUGGAAACUUGA